GCCGACGUCCAUCAGAUAAUCUGUUUUUUUUCUCUCUCAUUUGGUCCCGUUAACGGAACGUGGAGUGUUUUCCUCCUCGGUGUUCGGCUGUACAUGGAUCAGGAUGUAACUGUGUCGUCUUUCGUGUGUGUGUGUGUUUUUUUUCCAUUAAUAAGCCGUAAAUAUGAAAUAUGCGCCAUCAGCCGCCUGUUCUGUGCUCUGUGCCGUCGUCCGUGCAGAGACAGACAUCUUUUUAUUCAGAUCAGACACAUCCAGCCAGCAGCUCGACUCCUCUGUGAGUCUCAGUCGAGGUCAGUGAUGCUUCACCAUCAGGACCAACCUCUGAACUUGGCCUAUGGAGGGCAAAGAGGCUCCAACAAUGGUUCUUCUUCCUCGCUGCGAAACAGGAAGUGUGAUAAAGACGGCAACUUCAACUUCCUGCCAGGCAAAGACGAUGAUGGCUUCACAGGCAAUGGAGGAGGAGACGAGAACCGAAACCAGGUGCACCCUCGCAACUUAGGCCCGUUGGGUCGUGACCCUCCGAACUCAUCACCAUCCACUGGGUAUCACCACAACUCAGGGCUUCUGUCUCCACGCUCCCGCCUGCCCUGCUGGAGUACCCUGGAGCCUCUGCCUGAAAUCGAGAGUGGAGAUGACGGUUACGGCCGAGUGCCCCCUGACGGAGCGGAGGAAGGUAGGAUGGAGGAAGAGGUGAGGAGGGUGAUCAUGAGCCAGAAUGAGGAGAAGCAUAGAGAGAAAAGAGAGCAGCAGAGGAGGAAAAGCAGCUUGGGUUUCAAAGGAAGAGAGGAAGAGGAAGAUGAGCCAGGGCUGAACAACAGUGAUGAAUGGGGCGACAGUGACUCCGAAUCUGAGUACAGCUACCGCUCCGGUGGCAGCAUGUCCUCCCUUAACAUGGACAGUGGAGGCGAAGGGGUGCUCAUGGGAGGCUGGGACCGCAUCGGAGUUGGGGAACCAAAAUCCAACCACCGGGAGAGUGACACACCCAGAAACAGCAACAAAGAACCAGAUGUGAGACACAGAAGCCGCAAGUCACUGACAGGAAGCAACCUGGGAAAUCUUCUGGAGGAGGGAGCAGAAGAGCAAGACGAUGAUGAUCGGUCCUCAGACUCCGAUGGCGAGCUGCCAGAGCUGAUGGAUGCAGUGUGGACGCUGCGAGACCGUGAGCGCUUCAAGGCCCAGGAGAUGGAGAAGCACCAGGCACAGCUGACCAUGUACCGUCGCUUGGCACUGAUCCGCUGGGUCCGCACCCUGCAGAGCCGCAUCCAGGAGCAGCAGAACCGCCUGCAGUCCAGCUUCGACGUCAUCCUGACACAAAGGAAGGAACUGCUGCGCAUGGGCGCCGCCGCUGCUGUGGCCAACGCCACACCUGCUGCUGCUGUCAGCCAGUCAUAAAGAGAGGAACUGCAACAGGAAGUGGUUAAAAACUGCAUUUUGUUCUGUUUGCUUGUAUCCCGAAGACAUUUCCUGAAAAUAAGACAAUCCAAUCAUCCUGUCUGACAUGUUUGUAGCCCCAUACUCACACACACAGGGCAUCAAUAAAUGUAUCAACUGAAGACUGGACUCAACUCCUGCAUCAAAAUGUAUGAUUUAGGAUGUAUUCUGGUCAAAGCAACAAGAUGAUGAACUUUGUUGUGAGAUUGAAAAAUCUUGUGUGUGUAUGCUGUUCGUCUUUAUCUUGACCUGUGCGUAGAAAACAUUUGAUGUACCAAAAAAGUAUCAUAUAGACUGACAUUGUUAAAGAUGAUUUAUACCCUAAAUUCAUGCUGUGUAUAUAGAGAUCAUAAGUAAAUUAAAAGAAUGAAUAAAACAGUCUUAAUCUGA